AUUGGUCAACUGGCGUCGACGUCACUCGCGCGUCGCGUUCACUCUCAGCAUAGGCUGGUUGUGGCGUCGUGUCGCUUGUUUAUACGGACAAAAUAGCAUGCGAAAAAGUGCGAAGAAAUGCAGCGCUUUAGUGAAUCCAGACGUUACCAUGCAUUGCUGAUGUAAGCUGAUCUGUGUUCAUUGUCUCUGAUGGAGCUGAAAGUUUGGGUGGAUGGAGUUGUACGAGUGGUUUGCGGCCUGUCAGAAGAGACAUCAUGUCAGGAUGUAGUCAUUGCACUCGCCCAAGCCAUUGGCCAGACGGGUCGUUACGUUCUCAUUCAGAGACUGAGGGACACCGAGCGCCAACUUCUGGCCAAUGAGUGCCCACUGGAGUCCCUGGCCAAACUGGGCCAACACAGCAGCGAGGUGCAGUUCUUCCUGCGGCGGACCGGUCCCAGUAGCAGUGAAGAGCAAAGUCUGCACAACCGCACCCUCCCUCACUCCAAGCCUUCCACAUCAGAACCCAAACGGGGAUUGCCAAAGAAAUCUUAUACCUUCAACUUGGGCCCCUCCAGUUCUCCCCGUGUGAAAACUAAGGACUCUCGUACAACACCUUCUCCUGAACAGAGGGCGUCCCCAGUUCCACACGCGCAGUACCUUCCGGGGCCAUCUAAAGAGGAGGUGCUCCGGCAUGUUCUCCAGCAGCGGGAGCAGCUACAUGCCCUCGAGUCCCAGCUGUUGGCAGUCGACAAGGAAUGCGAGACUUGGGAACAGUCGUCUGCUGAGGAGUCAUCCCUGCAGGCAGAGAUGGAAGUUUUGGAGAAGACCCUGUGGAAGAACCAGCAGGAGUUGGUGGAUGAGGAGUUCUGGGAGGAGGAACUAAGGAUAGAGACCGAAAGGGAGCGUGGGAUGAAGCGCCGGUUAGGAGAGCUGCAUGCUAAACUGGAUGAUUGUGGGCAAAAGUUGCACAAAUUCAACACUCGCGCCAUGCAGCUUGAGGAAGACAUUCGGAGAGAAAUGCUACAGGCGGACAUCUUGCCCACCCAGUCCGAUUCAAAAGACUCUUUGGGGGUAGUCGAGGCAGAUCUUCAAAGUCGACAAAAGCAGGGGGAGGAAUUGGAGGCGGAGCUUUUAGAGCUUGAGAAGGCUUUGGGGAGGGCGGAGACUCUGCUGAAGGCUAAGCAGGAGGAAGUGGAGGAGUUGAAUAAGGAGCUGAGACAGUGUAAUUUACAACAGUUUAUCCAGCAGGCUGGAGCCCUGCCUACUCAUACUCACCCAGAACAACUGGACCUGACUCAACAACAGCAGGACAAACACAAAGACAGUGAUUCGCCCCCACGUCCCACUGCCAAGCAGUUCCUGGGUCACCCGCGCAACCUGCAGCACCCCCUGGUGUCCAGCCUGAACCCUGAGGUCCUGACAUCCAGAGAAUCGUCUUGGCGGUAAUAAAGCUGAAGCACAGGGCUAAGGAUUUAUAAUGACUUGCUUAUAUUCAACUCCGCUGUCUUAACUGUCGUCUGUAUAACCAUUUAUGUUAUAUAUUCACUGUAUAUAUGAAUUAUAUAUUUACUACUUUUUUGGUACAUUUCAAAACAUGUAUUUACUGUAAAAUAUUACCAGAUUUUAUCU